AUGUCCGCAUCGGCACCGUUACCACGUACAUCACGUAAACAGCCUUGCCGAUAUCUCAAAGAGCAACAGGUACAACCCCAACCCCGUUAUGAAUGUUCCCAGGAUCAGUGUGAACAGGAAAGUGUCAAGUCAACACACCCAAUAUUGCCUUCCACACGUAGAGGCAAUAUAAAACCGUAUGCCACUACCUUUCCAUGUGCUAGAUCUCAAGAGGAACCGAUUUUACAUCACCCUAAAGGACAGUGCGUGAAACCACAAUGCAUACCAGAGACAUCAUUGAUGAGUUCUGUAGCCGAACUUGUUCAUGAUAUUAUUCCACAGACGACAAAUCCACAAACUGUUCCAGAGCGAAUUGAAUGGGUCAAUAUUCAGAAAUGUUCAAAUGUAAACGACCGAAAACGCGUGGUUGAUGUGAUAGUUGUUGGUCUCGCUAGGGGAUAUCAAAUUUGGGCAUGCAUGGAAAAUGGUGAUUGUAGAGAGAUUUUGUCGGAGCGACAAGGUCCACUUCGAACGGGUCUUUUAUUGUCUAUGGACUGUGAACCAAGCUUUGGCAUUCAUAAUGAUUGGUUCAAAGGUCUUCGUCCAUUAUUUGCACUAGUUGAUGAGAACACACCGGUUCCAGAUCGUCAGUGCUCUACAGUAUCUUUUGUUUCACUUUUGAAUCCCCAGCUUGUCCAUAAAAUUAAUUUCGCAGAUUCUGUGCAGGCAAUCGCAGCUUCUACCAAGGUAUUCGUUGUAUCAUUUGUUGAUCACAUUGCGAUCCUUGACAUGAUGUCACUGCGGGAGCAGCGUACUAUAUGCAAUACUCAAAUAUAUGAAGGCUCUGGUACUCCGUUUGCCAUUUCAGAUGUCUUCUUAGCUUUCGCUAGUUCAGAAUUACAACAAGAAUAUCAGAGUUGUGGUGGAAUGGGUGGUGAAGAUAUAUUUCAAGAUCCGUCUAGUUGUAGCGUAGUAAGUGUGGCAAGGAACUUUACCAAAACACUGACUUCGUUUGGUAGUUCAGUCGUUUCAACACUAUCUGCAUCUCAACAAUCUAAAGAAUUGCUAAGCUCAGUGGCUCAACCUGGAAUCAUAACUGUGGUAGAUGUAAAUAAGUUUCCUGUUGAUAAUAUUGUUAAUGGUCUCUGGCAGAACGCAGAAUAUGCGGAUGCAGUUACAGCACAUUUCGUUGCCCAUACGGAACCAAUCGGUUUUAUAGCUUUUGGAAAUGGUGGACAGCUGCUAGUAACUGCAGGACAGUCUUCAACUUAUUUUCACAUAUUUCUCAUUUAUCCACAUCCUGGAUCUUCAUUGCUUGGUGCUGUGCGUCAUCUCUACAGAUUAUAUCGUGGGACAACUCCUGCUAAGGUAGUUAGCUGCAGUUUUUCUGUUGAUAAUCGUUGGCUAGCAAUAGCUACAAAUCAUGGAACUACCCACAUCUUUGGUAUAUGUCCAUACGGUGGUCAAGUAACUGUUCGCACUCAUGCUGGGGAAAUUGUUAAUAGAGAAUCGAGGUUUCAUCGCUCUGCGGGUUUGCCAGAAAUGGGUUAUAUUCAUGUAAAAAAGGCAGCAGAAAUGCGAGGUCAUCAGUUUGGUGGUGCUCAAGUUUGCAGAGAACACCCUGACGUUUCUCGAUGCAACAUUGCGCGUUCAGUAAGCAAUCCGCGUAUUGGUCCUUAUCCAAAUCCGAUAGGUAUGGAAGCACAUGUGAGAAUCAAGCAACGUUUUUACUCAGCUGAUAAUCUGAGUGCUUGGGCUUCCGAUAUGACACCGGCAUCACUUAGUUCUGGAAAAAAGUACUAUAAAGCUUCGAGCAAACCCAGUGACCAGCAUCGUUUAGCGGUUUCCUUUGCUUCGAAUUCAAUACCUAAUCCGAAGAAUACUUCUCUAUUGGUAAUUAACAACGAUGGUGUUUUAACAGAAUAUUUGUUGUCGGUCGUACCUGCUCCGCACCACGGAGCGAGUGGAAUAUUUUCCCCAAAUGUACAACAAAAAUCCAAUCCUGAUGAAACACUGAUUCAGUGUACACCAACUGCAGUAGCGCAGUGGACUUUACAAAGAAAUAAGUUAUCAGCAGACAUCCGUGCACCUAUUUGUGAGCAGAAUCCUUUAUGGAUGUGGUUCAUUCCUCACGCCGUAUAUAAAGAGAAAAGUGAAGAAGUAAAUGCGAAGUGGAUAAGCCAGAUUGAGGUGUUGACGUAUUUGGAUCCUCAUCGACGAUUGUGGAUGGGACCACAGUUUUCAUUCCGUACGUAUGUUCAAUCGUUAGAACACGCUAGCGCGGAUUUGAUCACUCCUGGAUCAAAUGAAGAUAGAUUACGCAGUGGCAUAACUAAAUCGGUUCCUGUGAUAAUUGAGGCGACGGGAUCACUCGGAAGUUUUGAUGUUGGUGAGCCGACAGAAAUUAUUGGAGGAAGUUGGUCGAGUGAUUUAGAUCCAAAAGGUAUUAAAAGACAGAAAGUGCUGGAAAAAAAAAUUGAAGAGGCCAUGCAUGAAUUAACUGUCGACGGGAAAAGUAAUGGACUUGAGGAUGGAGGUGAUACAUCAAGUGAUGAGUCACAUGAAAGCAAUAAUAGUUCAUCGGAUGAUAGCAUCAACUUCCAACUUCCGAAUAUAGACAUAUAA